CACUUGUCGCAGCAGCUAUGAAGGUUUACUCUCUGGUUGUUUCAGUGGUUGUCGUCCUCGUCCUGGCUACGUGUGCGCAGUGUGGGACGGUGACGGUGGCGCAGCAGGCGCUGGCAAUCGCCGAUGUGGAGGCACUUAUUGCCGCGCAGCCUGCGCGGACAGCCGAGCUGGUGCGACUUGGCUUUCACGACUCGGUCGGCGUCUCGCCGAACCAUGUCUCGGACGGGUGUAUCAACCUGGAGAACGCGGACAACAAGGGCCUGAUCAACAUUGUGGGCGCGAUGGAGAACCUCUACGUCAACCGGCAGUCCAAGCUCGAGUAUGGACAGAUGUCGCGGGCUGACUUUUGGGCGCUCGGCGGCAUUGUGGCCGCCCGGGUUGGCGCGGCCAACUCGGCGGCUUGCACGGCUGGCGUCUGUGUCCCGCCCAUGCCGCUCACCUAUGGCCGCAAGGACUGCGCGACGUCGCCCAAGACGGCAGCAGCCGGCUCGUUCCCCAACGCCCAGGGCGGCAUGUCGACGGUCAUGAACCUCUUCCGCAACGAGAUGGGCUUCACCGACCGCGAGGUCGUCGCCCUCAUGGGCGCACACUCGCUCGGCGCCGCCGAGGCGGCCGACUCGGGCGGCUUUACAGGGCCUUGGACUCGCCAGCCUAACACGCUCGACAACGAGUUCUACAAGGAGAUGGUCAACUCGGCCUGGCGCCAGAACGCCCGCGCGGUCCCGGGCGCCAGCCCGGUUCACCAGUGGGACAGCGGUGCAGGUGGCCGCCCUGUUAUGAUGCUCAACACUGACAUGUGCCUCCACCGCCAGAUUGCGCCCAACACCGCAGGCGUCUCGUCGUGCGCUGCCGAUCCCAACGCGUGUCCUGUCGCCGUCACCGACCGUGGUGUCAACACCACUGUCAUUGUCGCCGAGUACGCCGCGAACAACACCCGCUGGGCCCUCGACUUUGGCCCGGUCUACUACAAGCUCGUCUCGAUGAACACGCCCGGCCUGGUGAGUGCCGGCGAGGAGGUCCCGAACACGGUCGAGCCGACAACGGCCUCGGCCGCUGCUGGUCUUGUGCCGUCGGCCAUGGUCGCAGUGCUUGUUGUCGUCGCCUCGAUGGUUGUCUCCCUGGCAUGAGCAGGCCUACAUGCGCCAACGCGACAGACGCCUUUUAUCUCGAGACAGCAGCAAUGCGGGCAAGGCGCUCCUCGGUUGCAGCGGGGAACUCUUCGUAAAACAGUCGGUCGUUGGCGUCGAUCUGGGCCCUCAGCUGCUCCAGCUGAGCAGCGAGUGAGUCCUUCAUGGCGUGCUCGAGCUUGUCAAGCGCCACCUCCUGGGCGCGCUCGGCGACGCGGCGGUUGUACGACUCAAUCUUGACCUGCUCCUUGACCAUGGCCAUCUGCUCGGCGUGAUAGCGAGCGAGGUUCGACUUGCGCUCGUUGAGGAUGGCAGCGGCCUCGCGCUGC